AGAUCCAAAAUGUUUAAGAUCAUCGUUCUGGUUGCCUGUUUGGCCGUCGUUGCUUCUGCCCAGUUCUACGGAGGAGAUCAAGGCCACCAUGAAGACUAUCACACCUAUCCGAAGUACAAGUACGAAUACGGUGUCAAGGAUUACCACACUAAGGAUCAUAAGAGCCAGUGGGAAAAGCGCGACGGUGACCACGUCAAGGGACAGUACACGCUGGAUGAAGCCGAUGGAACGCACCGCAUUGUCGACUACAGCUCGGACCAUAAAACCGGAUUCCAGCCUCAUGUACAGCGCAAGGGACACGCUCACCACCCGCAUGGCGAAAGCUAUGCCAAUAUCGAACAGCACUACUGA